AGAAAAGUAUUCAAUAUGAAAUCGGUACUUCUGUGUCUGCUAUUGGGUCUGGCUUUAAGCCAAGUUAGUGGUAGCUGCCCGGAAACCUGUCCCGAUACGGAGGAUGUCGUUUGGGCUCUUGGAGGCGGAUGCAAUGUUUUCCGCAAUAAGUGUCAUUUCGACAAGGCGAACUGUCAGCCAGAUUCAGCUUUGACCAUCACCACCAAGGAGGAGUGCCAGAAGCUAUGUAACUUCGCUUGCCCAGCGGUAUACGAUCCUGUAGGUGGUAUUUACAAGGGUGAAUUAAGACGCUUUGGUAAUCAGUGUGAAAAGAAUGUUCACAUCUGUCAGACUGGCGAAACGUUCUUGGACUAAUCGAAAAAUGCAAACCCUUAAACGAUUAUGCAAAUAAAAGGAUUUAUUAAAAUAAAAA